UCCCUUCCUCCCUCCCACCCUCCCUCUGUCCUCCCUACCUCCCUCCCUUCCUCCUCGCCCUCUGUCCUCCCUCCCUCUGUCCUCCCUUCCCUCCCUUCCUCCCUUCCUCCUUCCCUUCCGGUCUGGUUUCUCUGCCAUCAAUCCAUUCUGUAGUUUCUAACCUCUCCUGUGUCUAGCUACAUCAGUCAGUAAGCUACACAUACAAAAAAUGGCGUUCACAUUCGCGGCCUUUUGUUACAUGCUUGCUCUAUUGCUUACGGCUGCUCUUAUUUUCUUCGCCAUUUGGCAUAUAAUUGCAUUUGAUGAACUGAAGACUGAUUACAAGAAUCCCAUAGAUCAAUGUAACACAUUGAAUCCGACAGUUGAAAAGGUCAAAAAGAUUAAAAGAGUCAAAAUUGCGUUGAAGCUUGUGCUCCCGGAGUAUCUCAUCCAUGUGUUUUUCUGCGUGAUGUUCCUGUGUGCUGCUGAGUGGCUCACCCUAGGCCUCAACAUGCCACUGCUGGCCUACCACGUCUGGAGGUAUAUGAGCCGGCCGGUGAUGAGUGGUCCAGGUCUCUAUGAUCCAACAACAAUCAUGAACGCUGACAUCCUGGCUUUCUGUCAAAAGGAGGGCUGGUGCAAACUGGCCUUCUACCUCCUCUCCUUCUUCUACUAUCUCUAUGGGAUGAUCUACGUGUUGGUGAGCUCUUAGAGGUCAGAGGAAGGAUCUGCAUGUACGAGAUGAAACACUGUGGUUUUAGUGGAGAAGCUGAAACCGGGACCUGCAGGAAGACUGACCAUUUACCACAGAGUGAUACAAGAUGUCCGCCGUUUCAACCGGAUGGACUAAACCCCCCCCCACCCAGCACAGAGCAGAGCGGCCAUUACUAUACAAAAAAUACUUCUCCCUCUUUAUUUUUUAUCUUCAAUUUGGGUCACAGCUUUCCUCUCGUUCAUAGUUUUAGUCAGUCCACUGAAUGCUGUCUGAGAGGAAGACAGACCGUUGGAUUCUUUUCCAUUAUGUGAUUAUCUGAUGCUUUAAAAUUGAUUUCAAAUAGUUUAUCAUGUUUUUUUUUGGACACCCUCCCUACUUUUGACUGUUUACAAAUUAGAAGAGAUUCUGUUAUGAUCAGCAUCGUCAGUUAUAUUCAGAGCUGUAUUGCUGAUUUAAUAAAUGCUGUAUUAAGGUAUUUUGGAUGUGAAUUAUAUGCCAAGCUUGUGAAAAUUAUUUUGUGUUGGGGUUAUCAUAAUUACAUGGUUAUUCAAUUGUAGAAUAUUAAAUACUUUUCCUGCCCAGACACAUUUGAAAACUAGAACUCACCUAAAUAGGUGUGUGUGUGUAUAAAGGGUUGAGUCUUAUCUUGAUCACCUGAAGGAGAAUGUGUUGCACAGACUGGGACAAUCAGAAUGGUUGUCUUAUAUCUUAAACUAUUUCAUAGAUUUUUUUUUUAGGUUUACCAUGCUUUCUGAAGACUUAUCAUUCUACUUUUUGUAGCCCUUGUUAUACAUACUUGCUUUUAAUAAGGGGUGUUUUUGUCUGUAGAUGCUAAUAGGCUAUUUGAUGUGACGCUACAGCAAUCCCAAGUAGACAUUUCUGAAAUGUGUGAUCAUAAAAACGUUCCUGAGGCAUAUCUGUGUAACCUGUUAUAUACUCUCAAAACAACCAAUUCCAUAAUGUACCUGUUGAUUUGGCUUUACGUUAUUGCAUUGGCUUAAAUGUAGAUUUCAAUUUUGGCUACCAAAAAUAUCAAUUUAUUUAUUCGAGAAUGUCUUUUGCAGAGUUUUACACUCCUAUUAUAUUGGGACUGGAUGUUGCUGGAGCAGUGAUGUUUCUCUCAAACUUGCAGAUUUCAGGAUUUUUAAUCAGGUUGUCUUUAUUUGAUUUCCAUUUGCAAGAAUGACAACUUUUUAAAAGAUAAAGAAUAUUUAUCCCAA